AUUGUUAGCCCAAAGGGUUCCGUCUUCCUUCUCCAACUCGCAACGGAGUUCGUUGCAAUUGUAAACUGCUGUCAUAACUCACAACGGAGUUGCUCUGUGUUCUUACAUCUUCAGAAAGGACACCAAAAGAUUCAUCUGGCGACAUCUAAUCCGAGGUGAAACAGCAUGGUGAGAUUUAAAAAUAGGUACUUUGUAAUGGAGGUAUUUUUGGAUCCAAAGAAGGAUCUUGGUACAGAUGAUCCCAUUAUUAUUACUCAUUUAAAUGUGUCGAAAGCAAUCAAGGAGAGUAUUCUUGCAAACUUUGGUGAAUGUGGUCUUGGCUCAUCGAUCGGUUCGUUUCAAGUUAAGUAUGUGAAUCCGAUAACGAAGGUUUGCAUCAUCCGAACCUCAAGAGACGAGUAUCAAAAAGUUUGGGCUGCAAUGACCAUGGUCAGGGAUAUUGGAAACUGCCCAGUAGUGUUUAACUUGUUGGACUUGAGUGGAAGUAUCAGGGCCUGUAAAGAUGCAGCUUUGAAGUGUGAUGAACGAAAAUUCGACAUUUAUAAGAAUGAGGCCGGACCUCGCGUCACAGCUGAGAUCAGUCAAAUGAUGCAAAAUUUUCUUGAAAAGAUCAAAACUUUGGAGCUCUGAGUAAUAUACAUAAUAUGUUCAUUAGGAAAUGAGUGUUGUGGACUCAACAGUUUUCAGGGCGACCCCAAAGCUAAUCCUAUUGGAAGAGGUGACAACUUGGAAGCAAUAGUUUAUUGUUAUGACUGAGAAUGUCUUCCAAGAAAUGUGGUUGUUCAAUGCUCAUACUGAUAUCGACAUUAUGUAUUUACUUUGAUUUCUAAACAUGUACAUGUAAAAUUUAAUCCAUCAACCCUUUCUUCUUGC